UACUGUUCACUGCCAGCCAUGCAAACCAGCUGCUCUUCUCCCACACGAGGCAUCUCCGAUUGCAACUGCACCAGCAGUGGCGACAACAUGUGGAUUGCGUGUCCUCCUUGUGUUGGCCAGUCGCUACUGUCAGCUCGUCGUCGCAAGAUGUGCAGAGGUCUGGGCUUUAGCACCGGCUUUGUAGCGUUCUGCGCUUUCAUCUGCUGCUUUGGUGCCCUGCACAUGCUCAACAAGAUCGUGUACGUUAACCAGGAUGUGGCGAUGCACACCGAUUACAAGCUGGCGCCACCGAUCGGCGGUGGCCGCAAUCGAUGCCAACGCACGUUCAUCGUAGACAGUGUGGGCGGUGCGCAUCUCACCUGGCUGGAGCUCUUCUACAUGAAGUGGACGCUGGUGCUGACCAUUUUCUAUACGUUCGUCGUGAUGCUACUAAUACGCGCCCAAUACCUGAGCCACUUUAACAUUAAUUUCAUAACCUCCAAUGCGAUGAUGCUAGUCGGCGGCGUCCUCUCGGUGGUGCUCUUCAUAGACUCGGUCAUACUCCACGAGCGCAUGCCCUUUUUGGAGCUCUCGUGCAAUGAGUUUAUAGUCGGACUCAUGUACUUCAUAGCCAUCAAUAUAUGUGUUGCUGUCGUCUUUUUCAUGAUCCAUUCCUGUCAAUAUUAUUUCCAAUUGGACAGACACGCCUUCUGAAGCUCAAAACUAAAAAUUUGAAGAAUUUGAAAAUA